AUGGAUCGCACUUCGUUGUUGAAGGAUAUAAUUGAAGAAAAAGUGGAGGAAUAUAUUGAUUCAUCUGGUUUAAGUGAAAUCUUCAAUUCUGCAACAGGACUAAAGGACAUUGUUGAAUCGUCAGGGUUCCGUGAUUUUCGUCAAAAACUCCUUCGAGACUUACUUGAGGUGGCGCAGGAUGAUGGAGCGAUACCGGAGGAGGAUGAUGAAACUUUGACGGUCCAGUGUCAAAAUUCUCCACCUCAGGCUUCCGAGGGCGCGUGCUCCCAUCGACUCCUUACCGAGCUAGAAUCUUCUUUUAGCAGUUCUUUGACUCAGGAUGCUGACUACAUUUCUCUUAGUCACAAACGUCUGUCUGAGUUAGCUCAAUCUCUGGAUCCACGUUCCUGUGAUGUUCAGCACAGACGCGAAGCACUCCGACAGAUUGUGGGAAUUCCCUCCAUUGAGGCGCAGGUCUGUGACGCGUGGACUAUUGUUCCUGAAACACUCACAGCUGAUAAACAAGCCAUUGAUCGUCCAGGGAGAGGAGGGAGUCGGAAAUCGUCUACCUACGGUAUUCGCCAAGGUCUCUACGAUGCGUUGAGAGACGAUGACCCUGAAUUAAACUAUUUCGCACUGAAAUUCAUAGCCAAGACAUUUUCCUCCACCUUUGGGAAUGUGAAAGACUGCUACUUUCUCUUUGCUGAUUACCUGGAGGAACAAUUCACCACAGAUGAAAGCACCGGACUAACCAUUUCAGAUGGUUUGGACAUUAGCAAGAGCAAGGUGGAAAAGCUACUCCGCGCUUUUUGCCUUCUGCAUGAAUUUCACAAAAAACUGCCUUAUUGUUGGCUUCGCUACUCAGAAAAACUGAUGGGCGCCUUGAUGGAUCGUUGUCUCUCCCUCCUCCUAUCUGGUUGUGCACCAUCUCUGGCGGUUCAUUCAAGCAUUCCCAAUGGACGUCUCACUCCCCUCCAUCUUGUCUCGCUUCUUGAUCCAAAAGCUCAGUGGUUUUCUCUUUGGACGAGAGGCGCUUAUGGACGCCGACCGAUGCUGAGCCGAAUUGCAAAGGCUAAGCAAAUAGUCUCGACGUGGCUAACCAAUUGUGCAUACGUGUUUCUUCGCAAGCCAAGACCCUCGUCGCACACAAAUCGUCGAAGUUUCUACUCCUCCUCUCAUUUGGAAGCAGCUUAUUUUCUGCACUCACUCCAUGCACUAACUACUCUAUUUUGUUUUCAUGAGACGCAUAGCAAAAUCCUCCCCGUUGCCAUUACCAAAGACGUUAUUAAACAGCUCUCUGACCAGGAUAGAGCCACUCUGAUUAAGGGAAAGGCACUGCCUAUGCGGACGUUUAUGAAGCUCUUUAUCGAGUUCUUAAUCUCAUUGGAGUACAAUGCGGCAAUGGAAGAUUUUGUGAACAAAUGUUUCCAGCGCUUGGCCAAGUCGCCGAUCGCCGCUGUGUCCUGCUUUGGUUUGAGGGUUGAAAGCACGCCACAAAUAGCAGCGAAUCGGAUUAGGAAGUUUCCCAGUAUGUCAAGUCUUUCGAAGGACUGCAACCAGUCGAAGUUGGAUAGACAUCGCGAUGAAAAGGUACAUCCUAAUGUUUGUGCAUUAUUACAAGCUAUGUCAAACGUCUGUUCGACAGUACAGGGUCGUGAAUACUUCGCCCACUCUAACGCAGUAAGACAAGUGCAGACAAUUGCCCAAAUACUGACCAAUUGUCUGGAAGUGGUUGCAGGUGAUGACUUUGAAGAUUUAUGUCAAGAAGGUGCUUCAAUUGCUAAAAUUCUGGCGAAGAUUGUCGGCCACCUUUGCGAUGUGCUCAGCAAAACCCUUCUCACUCCUCAGAAUCGUCAUGCUCGUAUUCGUUUCGAGCUUCCACGAAAGGUUUUGGAAGUCUUGAAAAUCUUGAAAGCCAAACACAACGAAGCGUCGGCGGACAUCGUGGAGUUAUUUGAAAAGGCGUUGGAGAUCUUCAUUAUUGCCUUGUUAAAGACUCCAAGAGGUGUGGAAUUGGUGGAGAGCUUCGACCUUUUGCAUUACUGUGUACACCACCUUCUCUCUCCUUCAAAUCUUACUCAAAAUUGUUUCCGUCUCGAAACUGAUCUAAUGGUCAGUCAGAUCGUCUCGUGUGCUAAGGGCUUGAGGAGUUUGGAGAAGACCGCUUUUGUCGAGCAUCGAUUUCUUGAGGUUUGGAAGCGUUUGGAAGGAUGUGAACCCGCAAUUGCUACAUCUGUUGAAGGUUAUGACGACCUGGAAGAUUCCCCAAAUGAUUUAUAUAACGAGAAAGAUAGUUCAGAUCGUGGAGCCCUCCUACCGGCUGACCUGACUGAAAUGGGCAUUCAGAAGCCUUUUAAUCGACUGUUAAAGUUGUUUGCCAACUUCACUGCAGUGUUUGAGGGCUUAUUGAGGGAUUCCAGUCCAUGUGGGUCAGAUCGAAGCCCACCGACAGCUCCGCAAUCCUUGUCUGCCUUCUUAGACCGUGCUGUCCUUUUAGACUCCAGUACAAAGCUUGCCAAGCUUUGCCGUCCAGACGAGGUUCAAAUUUUCGGUCUUCGAUUCCUCAGUGCUCUCCUUUCUUCACUGGAUACAUUUUUGCUUCUGGAGUCACGAUUUGGCGUAAGACGCGUGCUUCUCAAUGCUCAACUACAAAAUAAUUUGGAUCAGGAGGCAGUGGAAGAUGUCCAAUUCCUAAUUGAUGAAGGCUUGAUUGAACGAAAUCGUCUUCUUGUAAAGUGUUCACUUCUUGGUGGUCCCAACGAGCGACAUCUACCUCCCCGCAGCCUUUGCGAGCAUAAUGCGGAUCCCUAUCCCUACCCCAUUGUGACAACGCUGAAUUCGGACCAUUUAGAGAAAUAUACUGCCAGCAGCAAGAAAGUUGGCUAUUGCCCUCAGUGUGUGAAAAACAUUGAAACUACUCCAAUGACCUUGAAGCGGCCAAUCAGCGCCAGCCUAGUCAGUAUUGUCAUUUCCAGUCUCCAACACCCCAGCAUCGGUCAAUGCAAGAUUGAGAAUCAACUUCUCCUCCAGUUUCCACGUCUUCAAGCAAGGAUAAGAAAUGUAGCCAAAUUUCUACCACAUAUGAAUAAGCAAAUUCCAGUGCCACCAACUGUUGCCUCAUCCUUGUUGCCUAGUUGGAAGGAAACUGCCAUAAGCUUGAUUGUCGAGUACGCCUUUAUGAGUUUCGCCUCUUAUAACUAUGGACAUCGUGUUCAUGCAUUGGACACGACACUUCCCCCCACCGCCCGGAUGCACGACUUAGCUGACCUAUUGUCAUAUGCUGGAAAUUUGAAAAACCUUGGUAGGGUCCUUUCAAAAGGUCUUCAACAUCUUGACCAUGCCGGCGGAGAUGUGAAAACGUCUCAAGAGAGUGGUGACAGCUUCGAGCCAUUUGAUUGGUUUGUGGCGUUGAUUUUUCUCCUUUACAAUGGCAGUGUCUCGCAUGCAGUCGACUUUCUUAACCGAUUUCAAGGGACUUCACUUGCACAUUACUUGUGGUCACCUGUUGCCACAACGAGACCUUCCUCGCAGCAUUACACUAUUUGCCAUAUUUUUGAAAUGGUCUUCUCCUGUGAGCUACCCCAACUCUACAACACAUUCCGUUUGUCCGGCUAUUCACCCUCACUGGUGCUGCGUUGCUGGCUUAGUCAGUACUACUUAAAUUACCUCGAUUGGAGCGAAAUUUUGGAUUUCCUUCUGCUUUGCUUGCUUUGUGGACCUGAGACGAUUGCCUUUUCAGCGGUGUCAGUCAUGCGUCACCUCUCGACAAGUCUGACGACUGCUCUUCAAGCUCAAACUCAUCUACUCUUGCUGUUGGAGGAGCCGAUUAAAGGCUUUCGUUUCGUUGACAACUUGGACUUUCUGGAGCUGUUAGUCGACAAGUACAGCGGAGAAGUUAUAAACGAGUUGAAAAUCUCUUCCUUGGAUUGA